AUGUCGCAUGACCAGCCGGCAACGCCCACCAGCUCGGUUCAAGUGCCAGCCACCCCCACGCCCAGCGCUUCCAACAACCGGUAUCGCAAUCCUGAAAUCUUCCCUGGCUUGCCUGGUGAGGACGUUCAAGACUGGCUCGACAGCUACGAUCGUGCUGGCCUGCAACUCAACGUCAAAAAGUGCCGCUUCGCCGUGCGGGCGCUGACCAUCUUAGUCCGCCUCCCACAGUACUGGGACCAGCAUCCUUCGGUGUGGUUUCUUCAGGCCGAAUCGCAACUUCAAGUCGCUGGUAUCCGCUCUCAAGCCUCAAAGUUUUAUUACGCUUUUGCAGCGCUCUCGCCCGCCGCCAUUGACGAAAAAGAAAAAUUGGUAAACGCCCCAUUGUCUACCGCCGCCUAUGACGAUCUCAAGGCAGCCCUGCUACAGCGCACAGUAGCUUCACAGCGUUCUCGCAUCCAGCAGCUUCUGUCCACUGAAGUACUUGGUGACCGACGCCCUAGUCAACUUCUUCGCCGAAUCAGGCAGCUGCUCGGAGACAACGCGGGUUCCAUCGACGACGCGCUGUGGCGCGAACUGUUUUUGCAACGACUCCCGGCUAACGUGCAGAUGGUCCUGGCGACAGCCUCUACCAUGGAUCUUAACGGACUUGCCGUUUUGGCUGACACAGUCAUGGAAGAAGCCACCUCAACCAUCGCAGCCACGACAUCGUCUCAGGGUGGCGUUACAACCGCCCUGCAAACUCUUCCCUGUUCUUCGGCAGCGCAAUCUCCUCUCGACUCUUUGUACGUCCGUCGUGCACUCACUGGAGCAGACUUCUUGCACAACUACGGACUCCUUGUCGACGUUCAACGACGCCGUCUCAUCGACUCCGUGACCUAG